AUGCAGAUUUUCGUCAAGACCCUCACGGGCAAAACCAUCACCCUUGAGGUGGAAAGCUCCGACACCAUCGACAAUGUCAAGUCGAAGAUCCAGGACAAGGAGGGCAUCCCGCCUGACCAGCAGCGCCUGAUCUUUGCUGGCAAGCAGCUCGAGGACGGCCGCACCCUGUCGGACUACAACAUCCAGAAGGAGAGCACCCUGCACCUGGUCCUGCGCCUGCGUGGUGGUGGCAAGAAGCGCAAGAAGAAGGUGUACACCACCCCCAAGAAGAUCAAGCACAAGCGCAAGAAGACCAAGUUGGCUGUGCUCAAGUACUACAAGGUCGAUGGCGAUGGCAAGAUUGAGCGCCUCCGCCGCGAGUGCCCCAACGAGACUUGCGGUGCCGGUGUCUUCAUGGCUGCCAUGCAGGACCGCCAAUACUGCGGCCGCUGCCACCUGACCUACGUCUUCGGCGAGAACAACUAA